CAGAGUCGGAUCACCUUGUCGAAGUAUUCUGGAAUACAGUUGACCCUAUGGUGCCGCUGCUUGAUAGAACCCAAAAUCUAUCACAGUACAAGCUGUUUUGGGAUCAGAUAAGCAAAGAUCCCGAAUCCUUAGACUUCAACUAUGCGGUUAUACUGUUUGCAAUAUAUUUCUCUUCUGUGAUCUCGCUCGAAGCAACGUCUGGCGAAGAACAGCUUGCGAUCCUCUACGAAGAUAAGCACAAGUAUUUCUCCAUCUUGGAAAAAAUCAAGAGCCACCUGCGAUACAUGGUAUCUCCUAGCAUGUCUUGCAUCGUGGCAACAGUCAUUGUAUGCCAAACUGGGUCAAUCAACUUCAAAGGUACCAUUUUGCAUGCUUCCGUAACUCUCAGGGCUGCUGAGACUAUGGGGCUCCACAAAGAUCUACUAAGGUACAAGGCUUUUGACCAGAUGCAUCAUAGAGAACGCGAGCUUCAGAAAAAAAGACUUUUAUGGCAUUCCAUCACUUACCUCGAAACCAUGAGCUCUGUCUCAACUGGAUUACACUCUCUGUCGCCAUUUCUUGAAUCUUCUGUCCCGUUUCCUUCUCACAAUGACUAUGAUUUCGAGAAAAAGACCUAUACUGGACCAACUAAUCCAUAUCUUAUGUUCGCAAUUGCUAGAUCUGUGAUUUGCCCCGUUCUAAAACGCUUUAUGAUUUACUUGAAUGUGGUAGAAGAAGAUCGAAGCGAAGAGAGGCUAGAAGACCUUCGAUGCUAUGUGAAGGACAUCUACGACACAUUUAGCGAUUUGAUUGAUCGGAUGAACAUGUGCGAUCCCAGACUCUAUUCUCCAGAAAUUAUAAGAUGGAUUGCAGCAAACAUCAUCAUCUUUGGUCACAGACUCUAUCUCCUGUACAAGGUUUGCGGCAUGAAGACCGUUCCAAAUUCUGAGUCUGUGGUGUACCAAUCUUCAGCAAAAUCAAUGACUAUACUGGAUCCCGAAGGCCGACAAGACAAACAGUCGGUUUUGAAAAAGUUGUUGUCAACAAGCGUUCCACUAGAUUCGGAUAUUGUUGAAGUUGCUGUAUUGUUGCUCUAUGAGACUUCUAUUCGAAUCACAGUCACAGAUGAAAUUUGCAGGUUCAAAUGGUUUGUGAAAAACAGCAACCCUUUCCAAUACCUUCUCAUUGUGAUUCGGGAUAUUUACAACCGACCAGAUUACAGACUCACAUUUGAUGAACUGCCAGAAUACAUGCGCAAAUUCGUGCCCCAGGAAUUUUUAAAAGGAACGGAAGAUGUACGGGUCAGUGUCUGUAGUGCUGUCAUCCAUUUGCUUGCUGAGUUGGAGGUUUAUUGGCCAGCUGUGUCGAGAGAGAUAUUUCACCUCAUAAGGGAUAUGGCGUCAGUUGCGUUUGAGGGGAAAUUUGCACGAGAAUUUACUCACUUCAAUGUGGACAGUUUUCCUCUACCUGAUUUGCUUUUCGACCCCGAAGGAACUAUAUUUGAUAUCCAUUCUAUCGAAAACUUCUUACCAGUAUAACCUUUUACGAACUAUAUAUGACUCAUGAAUAUUCAAGCACCAUAAUGUUGUUGAGCACUUUCCAGGCUUGUAUCGCUGUAGGGCAUUCGUUGCUCAGAUCUUGUAAUAUUAACUGAGCUGUCCUUAUCAGACCCUGCACGGUCAAUUCUAGACUUUCCUGUGUAGACCUGGAUCUGACCUCAAGAUGAACAAACAGGCGAGCAGCUGCAAGAAUCCAGCAUACCGAAAGAUGUGAGUAAUUGAGGAACCCUCCUUCGUGUAAUUCGUAGUAAAGCUGGAUUAUAUUUAGCGCUGCAUGUUUCACAAGUUGCGGAUUAAGAACUUCGUAUCUAAUCUCUGUUAAUUCGAAAGAUCCAAAUAAUUGAACCGACGAUAACUCAGAACUAGGAUUAUGCAGAUCGAUGAUCAACUGAUAGUAAAUUAGCUGGAGAUAAUUACCAAGAGGGAGAAGAUUUCCGAUGCUUAAUUCAUUGGUCGUAUUUUUAUGCCAAUCAUCAAUCUGAACGCGUGUCUGUGCUCUCCAAACCUCCAAGUCAUCUUGCGCAGAGCUGUCGAAUAGUUUAGUCCUGAUCAGAGACUGAAGGCGUCUAGCCUGAAAAAAGGCUUCAAAGAUUUUCAAGUGAUUUGAGUCGGAGCGUGUGGUGGCUCGAAUUUGGCUGGUUAUGUCACCGUCCACGAGGCUAUAGGGAGUUCCUGAGUAUGAGUUGAUGAUCCUGUCUAGAGAAUAGCAUGACCAGAAAAGGCGUCUUUCAAAACAAUCAUUUCCCUCGACUGUCUUUUCAACCUCUGCCAGAUGCUCCUCCCUAUGCAAUCUUAGCUCAACAGCUAGACGCAUAGCAGAGUUGAUAGUGUACCAGAUUCCAGGUGACACAGGCUUAUAGAGACCAAAAGAAGAUAUUAAUAGCAGGGACUGUAACAUUAGUUUGGUAUCUCGAUGUUCUUUCAGAUCUGGAAGGCAUUUAUUUAGCUUGUUCAUUGCUUGGGUAUAGUACUCUUCUGGUUUUGCUAAUCCCUUUAGCCAUUUUGAAUUUUGCCCUACAACAGCGCUUCCAAUAGCGAAAACCAUGUGAAGUAGGUGCGACUCAAAAUUAGUAAGUAAGUUUUCGUUUUCUUGCAGCUUCUGAAUGAGAUUAUCAAUACAGUCGC